AUGGGUUAUGAUGAUAAAAUGUUUCAAACUGGCUCCUGUUAUCAAGAUACGUUUGAAGCUAAAAAGGAUGAAAAUAAAAUAUUUAUCCUUUUUCGAAAAUAUGUCAAGAUGAGCUACGUUCUUGGAGAGAACACAGGAAAUCUUUAUUAUACAAAUAGACUCAGAGUUGAAUAUCAACACAGGGCAUCCGUUUACUUUCAAAAAUCCACUGAAGUAGGAUGUGAUAAAGGAAAAUUUGAAGCUGGUCGUUUUUAUAAAAAUGGAAUUACAAAAG